CACACAGCUUCCUCACUGAUGCAAGCUCAUGAGAUGUGGUCGGAGGGACGAGGAUAGGAAGGGCGGAGUCACAGGGCAACCCGCCCCCCUAAUGCUGCUACAAUCUUGGUCACUGGCUCCAAGUUGUUUCAGUUCUGUGAAGCAUCUGAACAAGCAGAAAGCAAAGAGGAACAACACUUUUUUUGAAAAUAUAUUGCGCUCUUCAGGAUGGACUUCUGUCCUGCUGGGUCAACUGACUUGAGUGAGGCUGAAGAGGCUGAAAUAGAGACAAUCAAGCAGCACAGAAAGGAGCUUUUGGAGGACAUUAAGAAGCUGAAGGAAGAGAUUGCUGAAGUGUUUGCAGAGAUUGAGUGCUUCCAAAAUGCAGAGGAGAGGCAAGAGGCAGACAAUAAUCCUGGGGAGCAGACCAGCAAACUGUCGCAGAGGGAUAAACUUCUGUCCCUGGGCCGGAAGAAAUUCAACAUGGACCCUGCAAAGGGGAUCCAGUACCUGAUUGAGCACCGGGUAUUGUCCUCAGACCUGCAGGAGAUCGCCAAAUUCCUCCACAAGGGUGAAGGCCUGAACAAGACAGCCAUUGGGGAUUACCUGGGUGGGAGGGACUCCACAAACAUUCAGAUCCUCCAAGCCUUUGUGGCAUGUCACCAGUUUGCCAACCUCAACCUGGUGCAGGCACUGAGACAGUUCCUAUGGAGCUUCCGGCUGCCUGGGGAAGCACAGAAGAUUGACCGGAUGAUGGAGGCCUUUGCCAACUGGUACUGCAAGUGUAACCCUGGAGUAUUCCAGUCCACAGAUACCUGUUAUAUACUCUCCUUCUCUAUCAUCAUGCUUAACACCAGCCUGCACAACCCCAAUGUGAAAGACAAACCCCCCUUUGAAAGGUUUGUAUCCAUCAACAGAGGCAUUGACAAUGGAGGGGACCUGCCAGAAGAGCUCUUAAAGAAUCUGUUUGAGAGCAUAAAGAACGAGCCAUUCUCCAUACCAGAGGAUGAUGGGAACGACCUCACGCAUACUUUCUUCAACCCUAACCGUGAGGGCUGGCUCCUGAAACUAGGAGGACGUGUGAAAACCUGGAAACGCCGUUGGUUCAUUCUGACUGAUAACUGCCUGUACUACUUUGAAUAUACCACGGACAAAGAGCCUCUGGGCAUUAUCCCGCUGGAGAACCUAUCAGUCCAGAAGGUGGAUGAUCCCAAAAAGCCAAACUGCUUUGAGCUCUUCAAUCCCAACUGCAAAGGGCAGAAGAUCAAAGCCUGCAAAACAGAUGGGGAUGGGAAGGUGGUUGAAGGCAAGCAUCAGUCCUACAAGAUCUCAGCAGCCACACCAGCAGAACGUGAUGAGUGGAUUGAAGCAAUCCGGACCAGCAUCACACAGGAUCCUUUCUAUGAUCUGGUCUCUGCCCGUAAGAAAAAGAUUGCCAGCAAAAACUGAGCCCUGACCUGGUCACUGGCAGCAGGAAGAUGUAGUUGUUGGACAGCUUCCCUCACAUGCUGGGCUCUUCCAGUGAAGAAAUUUGGGAGCAUUGGUUCCCUCUGCCUCCCACUUGGCAGGAAGAUGACUGACAGGACAACUUGCCAGAUCUGCUUCUUCCCUUUCCAAACUGAAGGCAGAGGCGCAGGGUGCAAUCCACUGAGGACUGUCAGAACCGUGGGCAUGGCGUUUCCCAUGUCCAAACAUAAAGGCUCAACAGCAACUGGCCUUUGGGUUCUCCCAUAUAGCCCCAGGCAUGUAGGAUAGGAUCUGAGAGGAGACAAGAAUGUCUCCAGAAUGUCUCCAGUCCAUUCCGCCAUCAAACCAGGCCUAGGUAUUUUUCUGUGAGGAACCUUGUAGAUGCUCUCGGAGCAGCCAAGCAUGUUCCAGUCAGUUGCAGUGCAGAAAAGCCCCAGUGGUUUCCCUUCCACAAACAGAUGUGUAGUGGUUGUGGAGAAGGGGCCGCUGAUUUAAGACCUCACUGUGAAACCAGAGGCCAAGGGAAGAUAAGAAGCCCUCUGUUCAGAAGAGAGCCCUCUUUACCUCUUCCUAUAGCCAUGAGGGCUGUAAUCCUGGUAAGUCCCUGCUCUAUAACUGAGUCAUAGGUUUUAGAAAGUUGAAGAUGUUGGAUGGGGAGAUAAGGGGUAACUGAGCGCAGAGAGGCUGUAGGACCAGGGAAGCAGCUCUCGGUCUUUUGUCUCUCUGUUUCGAGACUCAGAGACCACUACAGGUCUCCCUAGGGAAGAAACCCAAACACUAGCUCUCCUCCAGGCUGAUGGCUCCCCAACAAAGGUUGCUUCCUUGUACCACCCCAGAGGCCUGGGCUUUGUAUCUGAAAGGCCUGCAGCCAGAAGGCAUGAAAAAUUGGAGGUGCAUACACACCACACACACACAGACACAGAGGCAUUCCCAUCUUCACACAUUGGUUUCAUCUGGAGUCUGGGUUUUUUUGUCUCUUGUGUAAAGAAAGAAAUAAAAGUGCUUGAAACAAGC